AUGGACUUCAUUGACGGAUUACCAAGUUCUAAAGGUAAGAGUGUUGUGUGGGUUAUUGUCGACAGAUUCACUAAGUAUGGCCAGUUCAUUGCCCUUUCUCACCCUUAUUCUGCCUCGACUUCACUAGAGACCCCAUCUUUAUUAGUUCUUUUUGGCAAGAAUUCUUAUCUCUUCAAGGUGUUCAAAUUCAAACUUCCAUUGCUUACCACCCCCAGACUGAUGGUUAAAGUAAAGUCCUUAACAGAGUACUGGUAUAAUUCUACUUUCCAAUCUGUAACACAAAUUUCUCUCUUUGAACUUUUAUAUGGCUAUGCUCCUCCUACUCAUUUACCCUAUAUUCCUGGUUCCACUGACUCAGAACCAGCUGACAAUCUUCUCUUAGUCAAGGAACUCAAAUUCCAGCUUGCUAGGUGUCAUCUUCUUAGGGCUCAGCAAAUAAUGGUGUCACUAGCUAAUGCUCAUAAAUCAGAUAGACAGUUUGCUAUUGGUGAUUGCGUUUUCCUCAAACUCCAACCUUAUAGACAAGUCACACUAUCUUAUUCUCCUUACCACAAGCUCACUUCCAAGUAUUUUAGCCCCUAUGCCAUUGUAGAAAAAUUUGGAGCUAUUGCUUAUAGGUUGAAUCUACCUCCUGAAGUCAAGAUCCACUCCACUUUCCAUAUCUCACAACUGAAGCUUUGUCAUGCUAUUCCUGUUGAGAUUGUCCAUCCUCUUGUGCUUGAUUUAACUAGCCCUCAUUGUGCUCAACCUGAAUCUGUUUUGGCCAGACGCAUGUCAAGAAGGGUAACAAGGCUGUUGCUCAAUGCCUCAUCAAAUGGUCUAAUAUGCCACUUGACUGUGCUACUUGGGAAACUGCUUCUACCUUGA